CAGAGAGAGAGUGCGAUACAGGCUCGCCUUCCCGUAAAACGACCUCGUUUCAACCCAGAGCCUGGGAAACCGUGCUCCCGUUCUUUUCGAUUUUCGCCGGCGAAGAAGAAAAGCUCCGGGAUCAAGUGCUCCGACGACCGCGUAGGGUUCCGGCGGGCGUGGUUCGGGUUGAUCUGUCGAGAAAUGGCUUCGGAGGAUGUGAAACGAAGCGAAAGGGCUGUCUCGACGAUCGUGAAUCUGGCGGAGGAGGCUAAGCUGGCCAGAGAGGGCGUCGUCAAGGCUCCUAGCCUCGCCGUUCUCAGCGUCUGCAAGUCUCUCGUCGCCGGCGGUGUCGCCGGUGGAGUGUCUCGAACAGCUGUUGCGCCAUUGGAACGAAUGAAGAUAUUGCUCCAGGUCCAAAAUCCCCAUAACAUAAAGUACAGUGGAACAGUACAAGGCCUGAAAUAUAUCUGGAGAACUGAGGGUUUCCGAGGACUGUUUAUAGGAAAUGGUACUAAUUGUGCUCGGAUUGUCCCCAAUUCGGCUGUCAAGUUCUUCAGCUACGAGCAGGCUUCUAAGGGAAUAUUAUGGAUGUAUCGGGAGAAAACUGGCAACGAAGAUGCUCAGCUGACUCCUCUCCUACGACUUGGAGCUGGAGCAUGUGCUGGAAUUAUUGCUAUGUCCGCAACUUACCCAAUGGACAUGGUACGAGGAAGGAUUACUGUACAGACAGAGGCGUCUCCCUAUCAGUAUAGGGGAAUGUUCCAUGCUCUAUCAACUGUGCUUCGGGAAGAGGGUCCACGUGCUUUGUACAAGGGCUGGCUUCCUUCUGUUAUUGGAGUUGUUCCGUAUGUGGGGCUCAACUUUGCUGUGUAUGAAUCCCUAAAGGAUUGGUUAAUUAAAAGUAGACCAUUUGGACUUGUCCAAGAUACAGAUUUGAGUGUAACCACACGAUUGGCAUGUGGGGCUGCUGCUGGAACUGUCGGGCAGACUGUUGCAUACCCACUUGAUGUCAUCCGUCGAAGAAUGCAGAUGGUUGGUUGGAGUCAUGCUGCUUCUGUUGUUGCUGGUGAGGGGAGAAGCAAGGCACCACUUGAAUAUACUGGCAUGAUUGAUGCAUUUAGGAAAACUGUUCGACACGAGGGCUUUGGUGCAUUGUACAAGGGUUUGGUUCCCAAUUCUGUUAAGGUUGUCCCAUCCAUUGCACUUGCAUUUGUGUCGUACGAGAUGGUGAAGGACAUUUUAGGAGUUGAGAUCAGGAUAUCCGACUGAAAUUGUGGUAGCGCCAUGAUAUUUAUGUGAGAGUGCUAUUUUUGUAGGGCAGGAAAUAGGGGUCUGGUAAACUAGGGGUUACUUCUCUAACUUUUCAAGUUAGAAGCGUGUCUGAGCCUUUGUUCAUAGAUUGCUUCCCUUGUUUCCCUUCCUGUAUUUCCUUAUGAACGUGAUGUAGGCUUGGGCUUCUCAUUUAUAAGCUGCAAUAAGUGUUUGACAAUGCAACACAUGCAUUUGCAUGUCUUCCAUAAGUUAUAAGAAAGCAUAUUUACAUGCUGUGACAUUUUACUG